AACAUAUAUACCCAUGAUCCCUACACAGCGAAGCAACAGGGAACGUUUAUUAUUGUUUUGCGGCAAAAGCUGUGUAUUUUCUAGCCGGCGCGAGAGAGAAGACUAAGAAACGGCACAAGAAGAAGAAAUCUCAGGGAAUAGAGGCUUUCUGAAGUGUGAGAGCCUCAAAUCAAAAGCAGGAGAAGCAACUGUGCCCAGAAAUGAGCGCCCCCAAGUUCAGUUUGUCUUUCUCGAAGAGGAUAGAGAAGAAGACCCUCCAGCCUUCUGCAAUACGCAACGAUGCUCCUGCGGAAGCCAGGGAUAAGACGGAGAACCUCGAAUCCAUUGAAGAGAAUGUCUUGAAGACAGAUGGUAAAGCAGAGGAAGAGGAGUUGGUCAUACCAAUGGUUCAGGUGGACCGAGUUGAAAUUUUUCGCAAGUUGGCGGAAAAGAAGUUAGAGGAGGAUGGUGAUAAUGCUGAGGACAAAGAGAAAGGCAAGGAGGAAGAGCAAGAAAAAGACAAAGUUGAGACCAAAACUCUUAGCUUGGAUGAGCAAGCAGAAGCUGCACUUAUAGAAGAGAGUAAACGGAGGCAAGAGGGCUGGGCAGAGCGAGCUGCGCCAAGUAACCUCACCAUCAAAGUUGCUGAGAAGGAGGCUGAAAAUGGUGCUGAAAUCUACCCUGUUGGCAAAGAAUCUUCCCUUGACAAUUAUGAAGAAGUAGGAAUAUUUUUUUUACAGGAAGAAGCAGAAAGGAAGAAGGGAAUAAAGAAAAACAAAAACUCAGAUGACAAUGAGAGUAGUGAUAGUAAAGACGCAAGGAGAUCAAAGCAACCAGAGUCCAGAAAAACGGCAAAAGAGGAGACCAUUAAAAAAGAAGAUGCGAUAGAUGUGAACAAAGAAGGUGAGAGCAUGGAAAAAGAAAAAGUUUCUGACAGGGAGAGAGAUUAUGCAGCUAAAGAGAAGGAAAAGCUAGACAGAAGUAGAGAUGAAGAUAAAUCCACAGGAAGUUAUAGUAAAGGAAGUAGAUAUAGGGAGGAUGAGGAGAAAGAUAGCAAAUAUCGAGGGAAAGAUUUUAAGGAAAGUAAGUACAAAGAUGAAAGGGACACUAAAUACAGAGAAAAAUAUGAAAAGGAAAGAUACAGACAAGAAAAUAAUAGAAAAUAUAGAGAAAGAGCUGAAAAACCUGAAAGAAGCAGAGAAAGUGAUAAGAGUAAAUAUAGUGAUGAAAAGGGAAGUAGUUAUAAAGGGAACACAGAAAAGGAGAGCAGAUACAGAGAAAAUGAUGAUCAGGUAAAGAAAUAUAGAGAAAGCAAGGAACACAGAGAUAAAGAUGGUGGAUAUGAUAGUAAAUAUAAAUCAAAAUAUGAGGAUAACAAGGCAAGAUAUAAGGAUGAAUAUAUUAAGAACAAAUAUAUGAGUAUUGACCUUGGCGCCAGUCAGAAAAAGAGAUCAAAAGAUGACGAUUAUGAUUACGAAGCAAAGAAAGUCAAGAGAUCACCAGAGAGGAUGCCCAUGGUCCCCUGGGUGCGAGAAAACCUCCGAGUCCGUCUUAUUAGCAAGGACUACAAGGGAGGAAAAUACCACAAAGAAAAGGUCAUUGUGAAAACUGUUAUAACAGCAGAGAGCUGCGAGUGUAUCUCACCAGAUGGAGAUGUUCUUAGAAAGGUCCAUCCUGAGUGGCUCGAGACAGUCAUACCCAAGAUUCCCCCACAGAUAAUCAUGGUUGUGAAGGGACAGCAGAAGGGUCAGGUUGGGCGAAUCUUACAACUCCACAAAGAACAAGAAAAAGCAUCUGUUCAGUUUUUAGAGGAUGAAACAGUCAUCAUGAAGUUCCAUUAUGAUGACAUCUGUGAAUAUGUAUCAUGAGACAGAAGUGUAACUAGUGUUUCUAUUCAACUAUUUUUAUCAAACAUUUCUUAUAAUAUUUUAUAUAUUUAAAUAAGGAUGACAAUAAAAAAUAACAAGUAAAA